AUGGCCAGAGGAAACGAGCCAGCCGAAGGGCUUUUGGCUGCCGCGCGCCUCGGCUUGACUGAUAAACUAAAGCUAGCCCUCGAUCAGGCCUCCUGCGAUGUGGUGAACGCCAAAGAUGAGACAGGUCGCACCGCCCUACACCACGCCGCCUCCUGCGGCUACGAGGACUGCGUGGAGCUCCUGCUGGAGCGUGGAGCGGAUGGCAGCAUCCAGGACGAGGCCGGGGACACCCCCCUGCACCUCGCCGCCCAGGCCGGUCUGCCCAUGCCCAGCUACCAGGUGUGCUCCAAGUUUCCGGCCGCAUGCUUGGCCCCCGACGCGUCGGGCCGGACGCCCGUGGACCUGGCGGUGGCCAGUUCUCGCGGCGAGGUCCUGAACGCCAUGCUCCUGGCCUGCUCCGGGUCGGGGUCGGAGGCGGCGCUGGCCUCCAUGCGCGCGCUGCUGGCGCGCGGCGCGGUCUGCGACACCUGGGCCCCCUCCGGCUCCUCCGCCCUCAUGCUCGUCGCCUCCGCCGACUCCCGCCCCGGGGUCGAGCUCCUCCUGGCCCACGGCGCCACCAUGGAGCUGCAGGACGCGCUGGGCCGCACCGCGCUCAUGUUCGCGGCGGGCAACGGCGCGCGUGGCGCGCUGGGCGCGCUGCUGGCCGCCGGCGCCAGCCUCUCUGUCCGCGACCGGCGCGGGCGCAACGUGUUGGACUACGCCGGCGCGGGCACGCCCGUGCGCGCGGCGCUUGAGGAACGCCUGCGGGAGCUGGAGACCAAGUCGGCCGCGCUGCAGGAGGCGCUGCUGGCCGAGGUGCUGGGCGAGGGCGUGCGGGCGGGAGGUGUCCAGGCGGCGGCGCCUGGCGCGGGAAAGAAGGCCAAGAAGAAAGCCAAGAAGAAGGGCAAGGGAGGGGUCCCGGGGGCAAAGGCUGCCGCCGCUGGGCCCGCGGUGGACGGCGAUGCCGAAGAGGCAGAGGAGGCGGUGGUGGAGGCCUGCGCGGCACGGGAGGGCCCGGCGGAGACCGGCGCUGCAGGGGACAGCGGCGCGGCGGGGGACGCAGGCACAGCAGGAGAGCAGGCGGGGGCGCCGGCGGGGGAACCCCUCCCUCCCACGGACAUGAUGGGUGGCCCGACGGGCGUCGCGGAUUCGCCAGCAGACCCGCACGCGCCCCUGGACCCCGCCGCGACCUCCUCCUCCGAGGACGAGGUGGCCCUGCUCCGCCUGCAGCUGGCCAGCCUGCAAGCCGCGCUGGACCGCUCCGAGCUGGCGCGCCGAGUGGAGGCGGCGGCCGCCGAGGAGGAGGCCGCCGCGCACGCUGCAGCGCUCACCAAGGCGGUGCUGGCGGAGCGGAUGGAGUGCGUGGUGCGCUUCGCCUCCUUCCUGCAAAACCACGGCCCGGCAGUGCUGGCCACGAUGCCGGAGCUGCUGGGGAAUGGGUUUGCCUCGCUGGGGUUCCCGCCCCCCUCCGCCUCCCAGACAUUUGGGGCGGAUGCAGUGCCCCGCCCCUCGCCACCCCUCGCCUUCUCUGGGCCGAUGGGCAGGACCAGCCUGGAUGCCGCCUUCCAAUCCCCCACCCACACUCUACAUUCUGGUUUCGGGGCCGGGGUGCCGCCGCCUUCUUUCAUGGGGCACGCGCCGCGAUACGGCGGCGCCGAGGCGCGCACCCGGGGCGACCCGCACGCUCUUCACCCCGCGGGGUACCCUGCCGACGGCGGUAACAAACCCGCCCCCGCUUUCUUCACUCUGAACCUGGGUACGACCUGCUGA